GCAGCGGCCAACAUGGAUUUUCUCUUCAUCUGCCCCUUUCUGCUGGUGCUGCUGCUGUCCCGGGGCAGCUCCGCAGAUCUGGAAAAACAGAGAGUGGACUCUGCCUUGGAAAUCUACAAGAAGCUGUUUGAGGUGAAGCGCAAGGACCAGAUGAAUGCACUGAAGAACCUGAUCGAGCUCAAUGACGUCAACCAGCAGUACAAAAUCAUUGACAUCAUGCUCAAGGGACUGUUCAAAGUGCUGGAGGACUCCCGGGCUGUUCUCAUCGCUGCCGACGUGCCUCCUGACGGGCCUUUCCCUCAGGACGAGAAGAUAAAGGAUGCUUACUCCCACGUGGUGGAGAACACAGCCUUCUUCGGGGACGUCGUCCUGCGCUUCCCCAAGAUCGUGCACCACUACUUUGACCGCAACUCCAACUGGAACAGCCUGAUCCGCUGGGGCAUCGGCUUCUGCAACCUGACGGGCGUGUUUGAACAGGGACCCCACUCCCAAGUUCUGGGUCUGAUGGCUCAGGAGCUGGGAAUCAGCGAAAAGUCACCUGAUUACCGCAAUCCCUUUAAAACGGACCACUCAGAGUUUUUCCCCAGUGCCGACACCUUCCAGAAGGCGCUGCGGGAGGAGGAGAAGCGGAGGAAGAAGGAGGAGAAGCGGAAGGAGAUCCGCAAGGGCCCACGCAUCUCCCGCUCGCAGUCAGAGCUGUAG